AUGCAUUUUCUCGGGAGUCUACGAACUUGCUUUCUAUUAACAGCUCUACUACCACUUUCGCUCGCAAUAGGAUUGCUAGUGCCGCCGUUGAAGAAAAAUCAGCUCCCAUCGUUGGACAACCUACAACAAUGCCUUUCCUACGAACUUGGGACGAAUGAGGUGCUAUUUCUCACCAUUAAGUCGAUUGAGCAUUUACAGUCACAGGACUUGAAUUUGUUGAUAUUGGAUAGCAUGGGCAAUAAAUUGAGAGAUCAGCCAAAUUUGCAAAAGUUUUCCAGUCCUAUUGAACUUAUAAUUAAUCCCCAGGGUGUAGCCGAUGACGAAGAGGCUUCGGCUCCUUUGCAAGACCGUGACUUGGCUCCCUCAAAACUAGUUCACAUUUGUUUUUACAAUACGUUUAAUGACUUGUCAUGGAGUUUUCAGCCAAGGACGUAUGAAGUUGAAAUGACAGUGAAUAUCAAGGAUGACAUCAGAAGCACUGAUUAUCAAAUGUACAAGCAAUUCUUUGCCUAUCUUGACAAAGAUCUAACAGAGGGAGAGUUUGAUAACAAGAUGAAUAUGGUUGCCCUUGACCUUGACAAUAUUGUAGCCAAACUACACAAUUCCGACGAUGUAUUGAAGGAGCUUUUAGAUCACGAAUUUAAAUUGAGGGACGUUAAUGAGGAGAUUUUCAGUGGAUAUACAUUUAUCAGCAUUGUACUUUGUUCAACGAUAUUUGUCUGUGGUGUCAUACAACUAGUAUACUUUAAACUUUUCCUUCGAAAGAUUGUGAAAUGA